CUUACAAAAUAUGUCAAAACAUUUUAAAACCUAAAAAUAUGGGUUAGUUUUCUACGGCCUCUUUAAUUUCGUUAUUAACCAUCAAAAUUCAAUUAUGGACGACUAUUUCGCUGCAGCAAUAACAAAAUUGAAUUCAAACUUCUAUGGUGAAUUAAACCUAGUUAUUGGCAAUGAAAGUUGUGACCUAGACUCAGCAGUCAGCUCUAUAGUCUAUGCUUGUUUUUUAAACUGGCAAUACAAUCAGAUAAAAUGUAAAGUUUGCACUAAAAUCCAUAGAGAUGAGAGUAUUCCAGUAAAAGAUGAUAUUUUUCUGCCGGUUUUAAAUGUUGAUAGGAAAGAUUAUGAUCUGAAAACUGAGGUCGCUUACUUUUUGAGAGAGAAAGGUAUAAAUGAAAAUAAUUUGAUUUUUAGGGAUGACCAUGAUAUAGCACAGUUAUUGAACAAGAGCAAAUGUAAGGUGGUGCUGGUUGACCAUCAUGUGUUGGCUAAACAAGAUAAAUAUUUAGCUCCUUACGUCUCAGAAAUUAUUGAUCAUAGACCAAUAGACCGCACAGCCUGGCAUUACAAAGACGACACUCGUUCCACCAUAGAAACGGUUGGAUCCUGCUGUACCCUCAUAGCACAGCGGAUCAAGGAUCUAGGUACGCUGGUGGCCAGAGAUGUGGACUUUUUCAACGCCUAUCCUGUGUGCAGUGAGAUGUUACAUGCCACAAUUAUAUUGGAUACAGUCAAUUUCUCAAAAGCUGUGGACAAAGCAACACCGCAUGAUGAAGAAAUCACAUUAUUUCUGGAGAGUUUACUCAAACCAACAGAUUACAAGGAGAUGAGGACCAGAGUCCUGGAUUCCCUGGUGGCGGCGAGGAGUGAUGUCUCCAGACUGUCUGCGGCACAACUCCUGAGGAAGGACGUCAAGACUGUCACGGAUGUGCUGGUUCCAAGCUUCCCCAUACUUGUCAAGGACUUCUUGGCACGUCCGGGAGCCCUACAGGCGGUGACCGAAGCCCUGAGCAGCCAAAGCUGUGGUAUUGCUGUACUACUUGGUAUGGAUCUCACGAAGGGACUACAACGAGACGCCGCUGUCUACUCCCCUAAGCAAUCUGAAAGGGCUAGCGUUCUUGGCAAAUACCUGUCUGAAUACAACGCUCCGUCAUUAAAGUUGGUCCCAGAGGUACUAGCACAUGCAAGUGAGUUCUGUUACUACAGACAAGACAACCUGUCCGCUAGUCGCAAGCAGUAUAUGCCAGCGUUGAACAACUUUAUGAAUAGACAGUAAAUAAAUUAUGCUGA